AUGAACUCCUCGAGCUCUAUCCCACCCUCCUCGACCAAUCCCACAGCAGCAAUGCCUGCCGUACCAUCCCUCAACAACACCUUUGGUGCCAUGCUUAUCGGAUCUUAUUUUGCUUUGAUGAUGUAUGGAGCCGUCCUGACUCAGAGUGCCCGCUACUUCCGUCACUACAAUAAAGAUCCCCCGCUGCUCAGAUCACUGGUGGCCGCGCUUGUUGUCACCAUCUCGGUCGAUGCCGCCGUUAUCGCACACAUGUGCUAUUACUAUCUAGUGCUCAAUUACUUCGAUCCUCUCGGGCUGCUCAAAAUAGUGUGGUCCGAGUCGGCGUUCGCCUUUCUCUCAGGAUUUACGGUGCUCAUUUGCGAUCUGAUAUACCUGUGGCGCGUCUAUCGCAUUGCCAGGAACUACGCGCCAAUCGUCGCACUUGCUUUUCUAUUGGUAUUGGCGAACUUCGGACUUUCUAUUGUCGCGAUGGUCUUUACCUUUUACGAGAACGAAGGCAAAGAUCCGAACCUUGCGGCGGUCAGCUCGGCCGCCAGCGCGAGCUCAAUGACAGCAAACCUCAUCAUUGCGACCACCAUGAUUCUCUCGUUGCACAAGAGCCGAACAGGCAUCAGACAAACCGACUCGCUUAUCCAUCGACUCAUCCUAUACACCCUGGGGACAGGCGUCUGGAUCGUAGUGGGAAAUCUCAUCGCGUUUGUUUUUGCGCUCGUGCGGCCGAACAGCCUCAUCUGGAUGGCCUUCGACAUGGUCGUCAUCAUGGUCUAUCCUGUCUCGCUCCUAGCUCAGCUGAACUCGCGCAGGUCGUCGUCCCCGACCGCCACGCAGGGUGAAGACACGAUCAACUUGACGUCGGUGCGCUUUGGCGUGUCCGUGUCCGCGACAUCGCGCGUGGAUGGCAGCGAGAUUCAGUCUCGCGCUGCACUAUCGGACGGGGAGGACGGCAAGGAAUUUGAGGCUGGGCCCGCGCCUGCGGUGAGACUCGGCGGAGCGUUCUCGGAAAAGCGCGCCAUCCAGACUGUAUAG